AUGGGUUUGUUAAGCUUUAAAAAGAAAUCUCGCAAACAACGGCAGCUGAAUGAUAAGCUAUUCGAAUUAUCACAUCAUUACCAGCCUCCUCCCAAGCCUCUCACCUUUGCAGGUGGUUCCUUAUCGAAAAGCAAUACACUUGAAAUCGAAUCGUCCAAUCCCAGAGAUACAAGAGCCAGUUUAAUGGACGACAUUAUGAACGAGUUGGACUCUGCCAGAUCAACCAGUAACUGUAGCGAUGAGCCUCCAAUUUCCAGACAGAAUAAGGGUGCUAGACCAUCACCACUGUUAAUGUUUGAUUCACCAUCAUCAUCUGUACCACAGCAACAACAGUCAUCAUCAUUAUCAUCAUCUCAAAUGCCGGUAUAUCAUGCAGCCACAGCAGCAGCUAAAAACCCUGCAUUUAUGACCUCUCAUCAGCAUUCAUCUGCACCAACGAUUAGUAUACCAGCAGUAGAUAACAACAAAGCCUCUCGUAAGAGCAUGCAAAAGCAGCUGCCGCAACAUCAACCAAAGCCAAACCCUCUUUUGUCUUUUAGUGACAGCAACUUGAAUUUAAACAGUUCAAAAAACGUUGGCAGCGAUAUCGCUGAUCAAGACGACCUGAAAGCUAUCUUGGUGAGCAAGCCAGCCUCCCCCCCAACACUGGUGCAACAGCAGAUACAAACACAAACACAAACAGCCGCAUCGCCCCCUGCGUAUAAUAUUGCCACAAACAAUAAUACAUCAAAGAAUUUAAUGGAUAGAAUGAAAGAGAGACAUCGUUUGGAAGCUCGCCAAUCAUUACAACCCUCCCCUUUUAUGGAUAACACUCAGGCUCGUACCAACAAUUUAAGUUCACCAUCCAUGCCCAUUAUCUACUCGGCCACCACUACAGCUAAUAGCCCUAUCACAGCUAUCACACCCAAGGACAUAAGACCGUCCCCGAAACCACUCGUUCAAUCGCAUUCCUUCACAACAUAUGCUAAACCGACCUCGACUCACAUAGCAAUAGCAGUAAACAAGCAACGUCCAAAGCAGCAACCGCCAUUGGUGAGAAGCGUAUCCGACAUGAACGACAUGUACACAGUCGCCUCCAAACCAAUUCAGACACAAUCAGAUAUCAGCUUACACAAAAGAGCUUCUCCAUCACCUCCAUUGAAGCAAUUAAGAAUGCCGCAAUCAUCGUCUAUCACGAAUGUCAGAAACUCUUAUUUACAAACUGGCCCUGUGAUGAGUGUUCCUUAUGAAGAAGAGCAAGACAUGUUCCGUGCUCCCGUCAACACUGUAAGCCCUAUGCGACUUCAAUUAAAUCGUUCGGUGUCUGCUUAUCCAAGUUUUCCUCAACAAUCACUACAGCAACAUCAGCAACAGCAAAUGGACCUACAGCAAAGACAGCAGAUGGAAAUGCAACAACAACAUAUAUUGCAACAGCAAAAGCAGCAACACAUGCAACAGCAACACAUGCAACAGCAGAUUGAGUUGCAACAGCAGCAAAUACAAGAGCAACAGCGACUGCAACAGCAAAAGUUGCAACAACUGCAAAUCCAACAACAACAAAUCCUCAACCAAACUCUAAUGGAAACGACAGCCGCUGCUGCUGUCGCUGCCUCUACUGCAGCAGCUCCCUUAAAAAUCAAUCAACAUAGCCGGGAUGCUCCUAAAAUGGCCAUCGUUCGAUCUGAAAGUCGUCUUAUAGAUACAAAACAUACAUCCAAAUCCAAGCCAGCGUCUAAAUAUAAUCAGGCGCCGAGACCUUUGUACGAGCGAUCUUCAUCACCCCCUUCUUCGUCCUCUUUAGGAGGAGGAGUCGAAUGCGCACAUAGUAGAUGCCGCCAGCAGCAGCAACAACAACACUAUCAUUGUCAUUGUCAUUGUCGCCCUACGAGCCCAACUAGCAAUAACAAUAGAGUCGCCGUGUUGCAUAGCUCAAGAAAUAAGCCAGAUACGCCACCUCCUGAAUUACAUCAUACUACCAUGUUCUCCAAAGAAUCGACAGAACAAGCAUCACUUAUUGAGGAUGACGACAACCCACCCGAAAAUAAACUUAUGACCAUUGAGGAGACACUGAUCGCAAAUUCAUCCACAAGCACAUUGACGGAAGGAGAUGAUAUUGUUGCUACCACCACCACUACUACUAACUCAUUGCCCAACAAGACCAUGUCCAAGGUUAUUCGAUUGCCUGAAAAGCUAAAGCAAGAGCUACAAUCUAUGCAACUGCGUCGAUCCACUUACUCUGUUCCUGACUUGACCACGUUUUCCUCAGAUUACGACGAUGAUGCGACUGAACGACAAAAGGAUUGGAGUACAAUUGAAAUGUUUGAUUCAGGCAUCAUCGCCAACGAGCCACUAAAGGAAGCUACAUCGUUCACCGCUGCCGACAUAAACCCGAGUCGAAGCUCUUCUGAAUUGCUCAUGUUUGAUUCAAACAAACAUUCAGAAGACUCAUUUUAUUUGGAAUUAGACAGUUCCUGUGGUGUACAUCACCAACAUCACUCUCAGCAGCUACACCAUCACCGCCAUAACCAUCAUCAUCACCAUCACAAACGACACCGAUGCUCCAAAAGAUAUAGCACUUGCUGCUCUUCUUUAUCAAGAAAGAACCAUCCUUGUCCGUCAUCUAAACACAAUACAAGCCUCCAUAAAUCAUUUUCUACCUAUUCCAUGGACAUGCCAGCUUCUGUUCUGACAACAUUCUGUAGUCAUCAGCCAGGGAAACGACAUCAUCAUCACCACCACCAUCACCAUCAUCAUCAAGCAAACAAACAUUGGAAUCACCGUUGCCAUGACAACAACCUCAGCAGCAGCAGAUACACACUCGUACUUCGAGACGAUGAGGACGAGGUUGUGCUAUAA